AUGGUCAUCAAUUUAUAUGGUAAUAUGGUUCGAGAAGGUAUGAAACCCCGGGGGAAAUUCCCCGACGUCGAAUAUUCCGACGCAUGCGCAGUUGGUGCGAAUAGGGACUUAGCUUUUGAGAGCGAAGCUUUUUUCUUUGCAUGGAAUCAAACGACAAGGUUGGCACUUAGAAAUAUUUCGAGUGAUUUUCUCGUCCAUCUCUAUACUAAAGAGCCAGAUUCGCUUUGGGCUUUCAGCAAUUUGAAGAGAUAUAUAGUGUUCAGCUGUACCACCGUGUGGACUUAUAUAUUUUCGAGGGCAGAAAUUUUCGAGUCAACUCCUGUCAGAAUGGAGACGAACGACUUCAUAGGUGCGCAAAUGACUGAAGAUGGAAAAGACCCUCAUGAAAAGAAAAGAAUUAAAUUGGACCGAUCCAGGAUAGGGGCUGAUCAUUCACAAGGUGUAGCUGUUAGUAACGGUGUAAAAUGCGAAGUUAAACAUUCAAAGAAAACUUCAGAACAGAAGACACACAAUGAAGGAAGGCUAUCUUUAAAACGUCCAGCUGACAACGACGACAUUCCCCUGGUUGCUCGUUCAAAGCACAAACUUUCGUUAUCUCUGUCGAACAAAGAAAAAUCUCCUUCCGCUAAAGAUUCACAGAACGAUGUCAAAAAGAUUAAAAAGAUAAAACAGGAAUUGAGCGAAUCGUCGAAACUAGACAAACCUAAGAAAAUUGAAAUUAAGAAAAAUAAAGGCGAAAAUAACUCGACAGUACAAAACAGAGAUAGCAUCAAAAAGCAUAAAUCUGAGACGGCAAAUGAUAGUGUAAAAAAAGCCAAACUUGAAUCUUCUAAACUCAAUAGCGACAACACUACCGAUGGUGUUAAGAAAAUAAAGAAAUUAGAGUCGGGAUUGGCCAGUCCUAAUAAAAAUAGCGAUGUUAAGAAAGUGAAAUCUGAAAGAAAGGAUGGUUUGUUGUCGCCCAAAAUGGAUGGCAUUAAAAAGGUCGAGGGUACUAAGGUCAAGGAUGGUAGUUCCGUUAAAAUUAAAAUUGAAAAAGAAAAAAAUAAAAUGAGUCCAUCUAAAACUGGUGAUAGACAUAAUAAUAGCAAAGAUUCAAGUCGUUUAACUUCUAAAGUCGAUGGAAUGAAGAAGGCAAAAUUAAAUGUUAGUUCAACUGGUUCGCCAAAAGUUGAUGGAAUGAAGAAGAAUAAAGUCGAAGCUAAUAGUUCGCCUGAUAAGAGGUCAAAGAGUAGCUCAGAGUCUGAGAACAAAUCAGACACACCUAGGGUUAAAAAAGAAGCAGUGAAGAAAAUUAAAACGGAGAGUGAUGGAAAAACAACAACAGACGACACUGAUGAUGACGUACCCUUGGCAGCGAGAGCUAAACCCAAGAUAACGCCAAGCAGAGAACGAAAGAGAAAAGGCUCGGACAGUGACGAUAAUGAGAACAAACCAUUGAAAAAGUUAAAAAAGAAAUCUGAUGCUGGCGGGAAAGAUAGUGGUGUGAAGAAAGAAAAACCUGCGAGCAAAGCGAAGUCAAAGAAAGGAAGCGAUGGUCCAAAGACUCCUGAGAAGGGAAAAGAGGGAAAAGGAAAGGAAAAAAAGGAGGAAGAAGAAGUGUGGAAAUGGUGGGAGGAAGAGAAACAUCCUGAUGGAAUAAAAUGGUUGACAUUAGAGCACAAAGGACCGUAUUUUCCACCAGAAUACGAACCUCUGCCUGACGACGUUAACUUUUACUAUAACGGAAACAAAGUGAAACUGAGCGUCAAAAGUGAAGAGGUCGCUGGAUUCUACGCCAAAAUGUUAGACCAUGACUACACAUCGAAGAAGAUCUUUAACGAUAACUUUUUCGAGGAUUGGAGAAAGGAGAUGACUGACGAGGAACGAGAGUUGAUCAAGCAUUUGUCAAAAUGUGAUUUCAAAGAAAUGCAUGCAUAUUAUACGCAGAAAAACGAGGAACGUAAGAACAUGACUAAAGAAGAGAAACAGGUGAUAAAGGAGAAAAACGAAGCGAUCUUGCAGGAAUACGGCUUCUGUAUGAUGGAUAAUCAUAAAGAGAGGGUGGGGAACUUCAAGAUUGAACCCCCGGGUUUGUUCAGGGGUAGAGGGGACCACCCGAAGCAAGGAAAACUGAAGAAGAGGCUCAAAGCAAAGGAUGUGAUUAUCAACAUUGGCAAAGAUUCAAAAGUACCAGACCCGCCUGAAGGUCAGAGGUGGAAAGCCAUACAGCAUGAUAAUAAGGUUACGUGGUUGGCGUGUUGGGUUGAAAAUAUCCAAGGCAGUUAUAAAUAUGUCAUGUUGAAUCCCACGUCGAGGAUAAAGGGAGAGAAAGAUUGGCAGAAAUACGAAACUGCUCGAAAAUUAAAGGGUGAAAUCGGGAAAAUCCGUGCAGAUUAUACAAACGACUGGAAAGCGAAAGAGAUGCGUAUUAGACAAAGGGGAGUAGCAUUGUAUUUCAUAGAUAAGCUCGCUCUUCGUGCUGGUCACGAGAAGGAUGAAGAUACCGCUGACACUGUUGGUUGCUGUUCGUUGCGAUACGAACAUAUUAAACUCCAUAAAAAGCUAGACGAUAAGGAAUAUGUUGUUGAGUUUGAUUUUCUUGGUAAAGAUUCAAUCCACUAUCAUAAUAUUGUUCCAGUUGAGAAGAGGGUGUACAAGAACUUGGAGUUGUUUAAACAAGGAAAAUCUGACGGGGAUGAUUUAUUUGAUCGUUUAUCGACAACAUCUCUGAAUAAAUAUCUCUCCGAGUUGAUGGAAGGCCUCAGUGCGAAGGUUUUCCGUACGUACAACGCUUCGAUGACACUACAAGAUCAGUUGAAUAAGCUGGAAGUAGAGGAUAAUGUUGCUGCAAAUGUACUCGGAUAUAACCGAGCUAAUCGUGCUGUGGCUAUUCUCUGUAACCAUCAGCGGUCAGCACCAAAAACGUUUGAACAAUCCAUGUCUAAUCUUCAGAAAAAGAUUGACGAUAAACGAACGGCCAUCAAGGACGCGAAAAACGAGCUGAAAGAUCUGAAACACGAAGCAAAAGGAAGCGAUUCCGUUACUUUAGCAAAGAAAGUUGAAAAAAAGAAAACAGCGAUAGAAAGACUAAAGGAACAACUCUUUAAACUUGAAGUCUCUCAAACAGAUAAGAAUGAAAAUAAAGAAAUUGCACUUGGGACAUCAAAGUUAAACUAUCUAGAUCCAAGGAUAUCAAUCGCUUGGUGUCUCAAGAAUAAGGUUCCCAUAGAAAAGAUUUACAAUAAAACUCAGCGUCAAAAAUUUGCCUGGGCUAUCGACAUGACAGAGGAAGACUUUGUUUUUUAAUAACUCAUUUUAACUCUUUUGAAGUGUUAUUAGCUUUUAUUAUAAAUGUGCCGGAAGCUUGAGGAAUGGACGAUAGAGAUUGCUUUGAUGCUAUGACUGCAUGUGAUAUUUGGCUGUAAAGUUUGCAAACAUGAUCUCUUAUUAUAUUUUAUUCCAAU